GCAUGCCUCGACCGUUCAGUCCGCAUCCAGCACGGCGGGCUAGCCCUACCGUGUGCAGCCAGUGAGUGUGGUUUGUUGUUGGAGCACUCUCUCCUUUCGCGAGUGUGUGUGUGUGUUUUUUUGUUCUUCCUCCCAUUUUCACCCUUCCCGGAACUGCACCCUUGGCCCCUGUGCAGGGGGGAGGGGGGGGCAAGAUAGUGCGGAGUUUAUCUGCAAACCUUUUGCGCCCGUCCAGUCCGGCCCUUGGGACACGGUGCGUUUUCUUCGCGUUUUUUUUUGUUUUGUUUUUUCGGGGCGGACACUCUACAAUCAGCCAACUUGCUGUUGCUGUUGCCAUAAUUGCGUGACACUUGCGGGAAGGGGAAGAUAUUCUGUCCCUCUUGUGCCGGAGCUCCUGUUAUUGCUGGCUGGACACGUUCCUCCGCUCUGAUGGCACCAAAAAACCAAGAAGCAAUGAGUGAGUAAUACACGCGUACGUGUGCGUACCUGUGUGUGUGUGUGUGUGUGUGUCCGGCAACGAGAAGCAAUUUAUCAACACCAAAAACAAAAAAAACAAACCCCACACCAUGGACAACCCGUUCGAUAUGCACGACAAAGAGUCCGCCACGUCCGGUGCCUUCCUGCUCCCGACGGACAGCGAAAUCCUCGAGGGCUUCCUGUGCCCCGUGUGCAAGCGCGAUCUGCGCACGCCGGAGCGGCUCACCGUGCACGUCGAGCACGAGCACUCCGAGGAGCAGGAUUUGCUGAAAUCGCUGAAGGAAAUCUUCAGCCUCGCCCGGCAGGGCAUACUGAAGGGCGGCAAGCGGAAGCCGGCGGGCCAGCAGGGCCAGCAGCAGCAGGGAGCGGAGGGUAGCGAACCGUCGCCGCCGUCCCGGUACGGGGCCGAGUCGGGCGUGGUGGUGGGCAGCGCCGGCACGGCCAACAAUCCGCUGCUGCAGCCGGGCGGGCAGCAGCCGGCCGGCUGCACCUGCGAGCACAUGGCGUACUUCCGGGCGGUGCGCAGCCCCCGGCUCGAGCGGUACGCGGCCGAAACGAACAAGCUGAUCAUCCGGCUGGACAAGCUGCUGGACGGACUGCCGGCCGACCCGGACGGCCGGAAGCGGCACGAGCAGAGCAAGGUGCCGUGGAUCGACGGCAAGCUGGUGAAGCUCUGCCCGACCUGUGCGCGCGGCUUCGGGCUGACGCGCCGCCAGCACCACUGCCGCGUGUGCGGCUCGGUCAUGUGCGACGGCUGCUCGCGCUUCCUCACGCUGGAGGAGGCGGGCCGGCUGGUCAACCCGACCGUGGCCAGCCCGGCCGGGGGCGCUCCCGCCGCCGAGCCGGACCAGCCGAACGAGUCGAGCCACUUCCGCGUGUGCGAGCACUGCAUGCGCCUGCUGCUGGUGCGGAUGGAGAUGCAGGACUGGCGGCGGGAGCGGCCACUGCUGCGCCAGUACUACGAGGCGCUGGAGCGCGAGCGCACCGACAUCGAGCCGCACAUCGGCAUGUACCGGCGCAUCCUGGACAGCCUGUACGAGGGCGACGUCAUCUACCGGCUGUCGGACGCGUCGGCGCUGCGGGAACGGAUUGGCCGGUCGGCGGAGAAGCUGGACGGCGUGAGCAAGAGCCUGCAGACGCUGCCGACGGCGCCGGGCAGCCGGGAGGAGGCGCUCAAGAAGGCGAUCCGGCUCGGCUGCAUCGCGUACAUCAAGGAGCGGAUGCUGUCGAUCCCGCCCCUGCCGGUCGAGGACGAGAUCAAGCGCAUCCAGGCCCGCAAGCGGACCGAGACGGAGCGACGGCUGGAGCGGGAGCGGCAGCUCGCGCUCGAAGCGUUCGAGCGGCUCGAGCUGCAGGCUGGCGGAGGGGCCGAGCCCGGCACCGACCGCCAGAACGGCAGCUCGUCCAGCUCGAGCACCGCCUCGACCGCCGAGAUGACGAACGGCCGGUACGGGGCGGCCGUCUCGACGAUGGACAACUGGAGCGGCACGCAGGCGCACGGGACCGGCGGCACCUCCGAUCCGCUGAUCGAUCAGAUCAACAUCGUGAAGGGGUACAUCCGGCAGGCGCGGGCCGCCCUGCGCUUCGAGGAGGUCGCCACGCUCGAGCGCAAUCUGAGCGAGCUGACGCAGGAGUUUUACCACCGGCAGCGGCAGGACACGGACACCAAGCAGCCGGAAGCUUCGUAAGCGAGGACACUAGAAGGUGUCGUUCGGGAGAACCAUAUAGUCAGGUGCUUUAAAGGAGAGAGCAAAGUGAUUACGGAACGGCACACCGAGUGCUGUUUAUUUAUUCCAUUAAAACAAUUAAAAAAAAAAAACAAGACCCAGUCCCGUCGUGGCUCAGCUGGCAAAUCAGUUUCGCAAGACAUUAGCAAAGGUUUAAGUUCCGUACCCAUAUGCAGUAACUGCGACUGUGUCCUGCUUCAUGAGUACACACCACCAACAAGUCACUGAGAUAGCCAAGCCCAUCGUGUCGCUUAGGGCAGAGGCACACUGCACACCGACCGAGGUUGUUGUUGCGCCAAAUAGGAAGAAGAAGAAAAAGAAGAAGAAUAAAUUGAUUAUAAUAUUAUUAUUAUUAUUUAACUUCUAGCGGUUUCGUUCAUUAAACUUCCAAUUCCGAUAUUAAUUGUUUUAGAGGCAAGAUUGUUGGAGAGAGUGUGCAUUUUUCGCAAACAAUUUCUAACUAAGAUGUGGUCUCUUCUAGAUAAAUUGAUUCUUAAAGAUGAAAAUGUUGACCCUUCUCGAUGAAUGUCGCCCUAAGGCGAAUAUUAUCUAAGUUGUAUAUGCAAUUUGAGAGUUCAAAUUGUUGAAAAUGAAUGUUUGGGUGACAGUUCACACAAAAAUUAAUCAAAGCAUGUCAUGCUUUUCUCUUUGCGUCUCGGAUACUUCAUAGCAACACCUUCACUAGUUAUCCUCAACAAGAAUAUCUCUCUAAUCUGACGGUCCCUUGAAGAUUCACCUUAGAGAGAUUGCUCUGUAAUUAGAUUCAAUUUUGAUUGAUUGAUUGAUUAGAUUGAUGUUGGGACGGUCCCGUGGUAAACCUAAACAACAUUACGGUCAUAGGUAUGGAUUGGGUCACUCACUGGAAGUGACUGACUAUGGGCACACCAGAUCAACUAAAUCAACAACAUUGAUGACGUUGCUGUCUUAAAUACCAAGAAGAAGAAUUUCGGUCAUAAAUGACCAUUAACUGAACACGUCUGAUAAAGAUGGAUAAGGAGGAGGCUAUUUAUGAAGCCCAGAAUCCUUAAACUUGGUAAACAAAAAAACUGAUCUAAUUGUUGAUGCAAGAGUGAUAUGAACAACUACCAGAUCCUUUGUACAGGUUGCUUUAAACUUAAAAGUAUUAGGAAGAAUGAUCCUAUGGCGGAAAAUCAGAUAUACAGGCGAGCAGGCUCUUUUGUAAUCAGAUGGUUCCCAUCCGGAAUAUCACCAUGAAGCAAAUACUGACUAUCCUGUUCUUUGAAUCUAAUUAGUAUAGAAAGAGCCUGUACAAUGGAAGCCUGUAGCAUAAGAAAAAAAAAAACAAGAAGAAUCAGGAUUGUCAACAUGUUGUUCGCAAAAUUGGCCCAAAAGUUACACCAAAAGUAGUUAAAUACUGACAACUGACAACAACUAAUGUUACAAGAUUUGAAAUGAUGUGCUAUAGGAUAUCUAAUGUUUUAAAAUGAAAACAGCGACUAUAACGAAUCUGAGAUUUUGUAAAUGGAAAAAAUUGAGAUAUAAUUUGAAUCUUAUUGUGGCCCAGUCUCUGCUCAGUCCUUGCUACGAGUUAACGGUUCAAAUGAGGCUUGAAUUUGUAUAUUUAAAGUGUGGGACUUUGACUUUCAGUGACAUAUAGGUUACCAAUAUCAGGAUAGUCAAGUCCUACACGUAUGGGGACGAUCCAUUUAGGGCUUGAACCCAUGACGGGUAUGUUGUUAUGUCCUACGAAUUGACGACUGUAUCACGGGACCGGUCCAACAUGUAAUUGGGAUAUAUGUAUAUAUAAACAUAGGAUCUUCUCAAACAAAUCAGUCUUUCUAGAAAUGUGUAUAAGCUCGCGUUGAGUUUAAAAACUAUGUCUCUGUUCGUCAAACGAAGCACACUUUGUUACAACUGUGUAAAUGUCUGAUAUAGCGUAAGUCCCACAGAUCUGUUGCAUAGUCCUGUAACCGGGCCAAUUUUACUAGGAAUCAUUAACUCGCAUGUUGUACAUAUUAUUUAUGUUAGUUCAUCGGUUUUAUUUUUUCUUUGUUUUAUCGAAGAGUUCAAAAUUAACCGUCCAAAUGUGUAUGUGUGCGUUUGGUUUUUUUGUUUUUGUUUUUUCUACUCCCUAUUUCCGCUUGUAGCCACAGCAAGAGAUUCUUCUUUAGAGUAGUUUUUGAGGAAUCCUUUUUCCCUUUCUUUUUCUUUGUUUCAAAAACAAAUUCAAGGCGUUACGCCAAAAGCACGGAGCUUUCACUACUACAACAAUUUAACAAACUAAUUAUAGUUAAAAAAA